UUGCAUUUGAUGGCCAAAUCCAACCCGUCCCAACUAUGUAAACGUGCCGAGCUCUUCUCCGGGUAGUACUUCUGGAUCAAGCACGGGAGUAUCGAGUGAUAAUGAUGGUCGUCCUGUGAACUUGACUUCUUCAUUUACAAAUGCGGCCAUCAUUAUUGGACAGAUUAUUGCCGUCACCAUUAUUAUCGUGUUUCUGUUCAAGAAGGGGUGGAUAAAAGUUUUGAUAGGAUUCUUCAUGGUUGUUGUUUCGAUGUUGUUGGGCUUCAUGUCUUAUAUACUCAUUCUCAAUCUGAUACAAGUAUUCUUUAUACCAUUGGACUAUAUCACUAUGGUCUUUGCUUUAUGGAACUUUGCUAUCGUAGGAUUAGUAUCUAUUUUUUGGAAGGGCCCUUUAUGGUUACAGCAAACGUAUUUAACUUUGAUGAGCUCCCUGAUGGCUUUUUCUUUGACGUCGCUGGAACAAUGGACAACUUGGAUUUUAUUGGGGUUGCUUGCUAUAUGGGAUCUCAUCGCUGUUUUAUGUCCGUUUGGUCCAUUAAAAAUGCUUAUUGAGAGUUCAAAGAAACAACAACGUGAAGUGCCUGCACUUUUAUACUCGGUAAAUGCUGUUUGGUUUAUGGCAGCCACGCAUGAUCACUUUAAACUGUCUGAUAGUAUUAUAUCAUCAACAUCAGCCAUCUCCUUAAAUAGUGAUGCGUUAUCUACAAAACUCUUGCGCGAUGAGCAGCACCAGCAAAGCAACAAUUUUAUUGUAGAGUGUCAGCAACAUGCUAGCAAUAAUAGAAUGAGUCGUGAUGGAUUUAUAAGACUACCUGAUAAUAGUAACACAUCAAUAGAGAACAACCCUUUUGCGACCCAGCAUAGUCUAAACGACAUGCUUCACGAAAAUGACUCAAUAGCAACGACAAAUCAAGCACAGCCUAGGGAAGAUGAAAACAGAGAAGAGAGAAGACAAGCAGAAGAAGUAAAUGAUGAUUAUGAUGAGGACGCCGAGCGAACAGGUCUCAAGUUAGGCCUAGGGGAUUUUGUAUUUUAUAGUGUCCUGAUUGCGCGAGCAGCCAUGUAUGAUUGGAUCACUACCAUUUGUUGUACAGUAGCAGUAUUGACGGGCUUAACGGCGACUAUUUUCUUACUGGCAAUUUUCAAAAAAGCCUUACCUGCAUUGCCCAUUUCUAUUGCUUUUGGUAUAUUGUAUUACUUUGUUGGAAAAACCGUUUUGGUGCCUUAUGUGAGGACUCUUUGCGUCUUUGAUAUGAUUGGAUUAUAAUGUUUGCUUUUUUUCUUUACGUAUAAGUAAAUACAAAUUUCUAUACAUGCCACUUCUUGGAUUUAUAUCAAUAUGACAGUUUAUUGCACGUUUGGCGUAACAAUUUCAAAUAAUAGAAUAAUCGAAAUAGUAGUUCCAAGUAAAGGGAACCAUACUUUAGUA